AAGGGUUAGGAGUCGGGUUAGGAGUCGGGGCUACGCCAUCGAGGCGUGUGCGCGGCGCCCAGUGAGGCGGGGCGGUGGCUGUCGCGUGGGCUCGCGGAGCUGCGGCAGGGGUCGGAGCGGAGCGGAGCUAGCGCCGGGGGGUGCGAGGUGCAGCUGCUGGCCUAUCUCUGCAGCCGGAAGGAAAGGAAGGAAGUAGCAGCAGCAGCAGCAAUAGGAGGAGGAGGCGGCGCCUCGGGAUUAGCAGCCGGGCCAGGCGCCCUCUCUUCGCUCCUCUCCUCCCCCGCUCCGCUGCGAGCCGCCGCGGCCGGAGACCAUGAGCCUGAACGAGCACUCGAUGCAGGCACUGUCCUGGCGGAAGCUCUACCUGAGCCGGGCCAAGCUGAAAGCCUCCAGCCGCACCUCCGCAUUGCUCUCGGGGUUCGCGAUGGACUUCCCUGCAGUGUUUGGAGCCCAAACUUUGCAGCAUAGUGCUACUGCACGACAAUCAGUGGCUAUGGUGGAGGUUCAGCUAGAAAGAGAUUAUGCCUACCCUCCAGGUCUCUUGAUAGCUUUCAGUGCCUGUACUACUGUGCUUGUUGCCAUUCACCUCUUUGCUCUCAUGAUAAGUACCUGCAUUCUUCCAAAUAUAGAGGCCGUUAGUAAUGUGCACAAUCUCAACUCUGUAAAGGAGUCUCCGCAUGAGCGUAUGCACCGGCACAUUGAGCUCGCCUGGGCGUUUUCCACUGUCAUUGGGACUUUGCUCUUCCUUGCAGAAGUGGUGCUGCUGUGUUGGGUGAAAUUUCUUCCACAAGGGACACCUUCUAAUGAUUCAGUCCAUGACAACAAUUCCACCAUCACCCCAGGAGCAGCAGCAGCUAUUGCCUCAACAUCUAUUAUGGUUCCUUUUGGAUUGAUUUUCAUUGUAUUUGCAGUCCACUUCUAUAGGUCACUGGUUAGCCACAAAACAGACAGGCAGUUUCAAGAAUUGAAUGAACUUGCUGAGUUUGCACGACUCCAGGAUCAGCUGGACCACAGAGGCGACACCUUGCCACCUCCUGGCAGCCAUUUUGUAUAAAGCUAUGUUUGGUUUCAAAAUCCAUUUUUUGCUUCUGCCUUGCUAUGUUGACUCCUCCUUGCGUGAACUAGCUGGACUGUUGAUUUAUUUUAAAGAGAGAUUUAUAAAUUCUGUGCUAAUUUCUAACAGUAAAAAAAUACCAUGAUAUCUUAGACAACUGACAUCUGAAGAGACUGAUGUUGGGGUAUGGCUGCACUGAGCAUGCAUCUCUCAUCCCUCUUCUUAUCAUCUGAAUUGUUUCUUUUUAAUGGGGAAUAUAUCAAUGCGUAAGAGGAAUUACAUUUUAGGCCUUGGUAUUUGUUAGUGGUGGGAGGGAAGCCUUAUUUCUUUCUAUUUGAUGUUGGUGUUUGCUAGAAAGUAUUGCUUGUCCAAUACAUGUUGCAUGGCACAAUGCAAAUUACUUGGGACUUGGAGUAAUUAGCAUUUGGUUUCAGUGCUAAACUGUGAUCUCUAAAAGUCUGAUGAAAGGUAAAAUUGAGAGCUUUUCCACCUUCCCUUUUCCCACUAGCUCCCCCAAUCAUGGUUUUCUGCUAAGUAACUAUUACUGUAUUAAUUUCUAUAGGGCCUGUUGCCAUGGCAGCUACCAUAUACCCAUGAUCAGUCCUAUUGUGAUGUGCAUCUGUAGGACUGGUUUCAGAGUAGCAGCCGUGUUAGUCUGUAUCUGCAAAAAGAACAGGAGUGCCACAAGUACUCCUGUUCUUUUUAUCUGUAGGACUGAGGGCCUAAGUCAUACAUACACUGGUAGAGACUAAACCACAGUAGAACUACUGCUUUUGUUCCAAACCAAAGUAGCAAAUAUUUUAUACUUUUUAUAUAUUAAAUAUAUUUUUGAAUAAAAUCUCAGAUACAAAUGAUAAAAGGUGCUUUGUCUGUGUGGGAAUCCCAAGUAAACCGCUGCGCCUUGAUCUUGUUCAGUGGAAAAAUCUUCUGCUUGCUCAAAUAUUGUAUCUAAGAUAUUAAAUCUUAAUUACACAUGAUUUUUGCUUCCAAAAUGCUGUGGAAGACCACUUAUUGCUACAUAGACUUAUUUAUGAAAACAAAUGAUUUUUAUUUUAAGAAGUAGAAUUGCUUCUUAAUUGUAAGACCUGCAUCUUUUAUUGAACGAAGCUGCUGUUUUAGCGUCAAGCUACUGUGUCAAAUUCUAACUUCUUCCUCAAGCAAAAACUCACACUUGACAAGGAUUAUAGGAUUUGGCCUCAAUUCUUUCAGAAUUUGUUUGACUCUGGAUACAUUUAAAAGUGAAUUGUGGCUUUUGGACAGCGUUUCUCCUGCCUUCACUGAAGGAUGGAAGUGGGUGGGUUAGUUGGUGAAAAAUCUCUUUGAAGUCAGAAACUACCAGUUUGUGAUAUGUUCAGAUCCCAUGGAACAGAACUGGGAUCUCAGCUCGUAGCUGCUAAUAUAGAAUGUAAUCCUGUAAUUUUGUGAUUGGAGGUAACAAAUUCAGUCAUGGCCUAAUCGGAGCUAUGCCUCUUUGACUUCAAGUGGAGCUGUGCAUGCUUUUUCCACCGUUGAAUGAAGUCAAUUAUGCCUGGCCUCUUUACCAGAUGAAUUCAACAUGCUUUACAAAUUAAGGUCCUAAUUUUGCAAACACUGACUCCUGAGGGUAGUACUUAUUAUCAUGAGUAAUCCUACUUGCAUCAAUGCAACUGACUUAUUAGCAAAAGCACUACUCCCAAUAAGAUGUGUUGAGAAGACUGGACCCAAAGUGCAGUUUAUAUUCUGAAAAAUUACUUUGAAAUUUGUAUCAGAGUGCUGUGGCUAUAUCUCAGUGACAUUUUUGCUCGUAUUUUGCUCUGUUCACGAGCAAAAACAUUUUUUGCGUUGCAAUCCCCAAAAACUCCUGGAUAUGAAAGUCAAACAGAAAUUCUCUCUGGUUUUGACAUUACCAGUGUUUUUGCAGCUGAAAUAUAACAGUUGAUGAGCAGAAUUCCACUCACUGUUCCACAACUGUUCGUUCCUGUAGUGCUAGUGGGAUUAUAUUAGUAAAAACUUUAGUAAACGGCAUUCUGAAAUGGUCUUGAAAAUUUACCAGCCGGAGCAAAAAACCCAGUUGCCCAUCCUUUACUGAGUUGUUGACAGUGGUAAAUCUAAUGAUACCUUACUUAACCUGGGAAAGUAGACUUUUAGAAAGCUGUGGUAAAGUAAGCAUCCUGGAGCAAAUAUCUUAAAGGGACACUAUCAAGUUUAAAUAAAAUUACACUUUUCUGAAAGCUUUGUACCUUACAAUUUAUUUAUAACUCUUAAAAAUUACUAUCGAUGAAAGAGGAUAGAAAAUAAAUAAAUGAAUACAUUCUCCCCCCUUCCCUCAAGGGUGUGUGUAGAAGGGGGUCGCUUUCAUUGUUUCUCCUGGAUACAUCACUUUUCCCCUCUUGUGUGAAUCUUUCACAAAGCAACAGCAGAGGAAAACUUUUAAAAAUAGAAAAUGUGGGUUUGUAAAAGGACAAGGUAAAUAGGGCACCUUAUUAAUUUUUUUUAACUGUUUGCAUUCCUUUUAAAUUAGAGCUAUUACUAGUCAUUUUUUCUGACCAUAACUGCACUUUAAGCCUUUAGGCACAGCUCAUGUAUGUAUUUUCCCCAUUCUUCAGCUGGGGAAAUGGUCACAAAAGAUGUGCCUUGUGCAAGAUCACAUAUUAACUGCAUGGCAGAGGCACAAAUAAAGACCAGAACUCAUGAUGUCAAGUCUGUUCUCUAAACAGUACAGUGCACUCAAUUUUAUUCUGUUCCCAUUUAUACUAAUGGUAUUAAGCAUUUACUUUAAACAGUUUAAACACCAGUUGCUGUAUAUAUUAUAUUUAGGUUUAAAAUUGAAAUAAAAUAUGCUUAUAAUUUGUCUUGUCACUAAGACAUCUGACAAACGUCUUGUUCUGUAACUGUCACUCAUUUUACUCCAUUUAGUUACACGGUGCCAGUAAUAAUCUCAGUUUCGUGAAGAUAUCCUCUUAAGUGUUGAGUGAUUCACCAUUCAGAGUCUUGAGUGUAAUGUGGUACAAGGGCUACCAGGUGCAGACAAAACCCAUCCUGACUCCACAAAUAGGCAUAAAGAGAAUAAUAUGGUCACAGUCUUUUUCCUCACUUUAACACUGCUUUAUUCUUGGUACUAAACCUGACCUUGAUACUGUUCUCGACUCAGUGGUUUUUUUAAAGGAGGCUCUUACUUAAAUUAGAGUUUGGGGAGUCAAUUGAAUGAACUCUCAACAAAAAUACAUUCCCAUUUUCAUUGAUACUCAGAAGUGCAGUGGAUGAACUAAUCACACACUAACUGAUUAACAGUGACUUUUUUUUCAUUAAUCAGCUUCAGACAUUCUGAUGUAACAUGACACUUGUGUGCUUUACACAUAUGAAUUCUCAUAGCAGUUCUCUGCAGAAGGUACAUAUAUCUCUUGCACCAAUUUGGAAAUAUAUCUAACGUAAACUAGCAUGCCUUCAUUGACUUCAGCCUAAUGAUGUGUGCUCUUGGGCAGGCGUUCUCAAGCUUUUUCUUUGAGGACCCCCCAACAUGCUAUAACAAUUCCACAGCCCACCUGGGCUACAACUAUUUUUGUUCAUGUAAAAGCCAGGGCUAGCAUUAGGGGGUAGCAAGCAGGGCAAUUGCCCGAGCCCCAUGCCACAGGGGCCCCGUGAAGCUAAGUUGCUUAGGCUUCAGCUUCAGUACUGGGUGGCAGGGCAUCGGGCCUCUGCUUCAGCCCCGUGUAGUGGGGCUUCGGCUUGCUGUCCCGGGCCCCAGCAAGUCUAAUGCCACCCCUGCUUAACAGCCUCCCUGAAACCUGCUUUUGGCCCCCCAAGAGGCACCAGACCCCUGGUUGAGAACCACUGCUCUACGGUUAAGUGACUUACUGAAGGCAAGAGAGAGGCAGAGCUAGGCUUAGAAUUUGCCUUCUAUUUACCAGAUGUGGAUUUUGAUCACACACAGUGGUUCUCAGGCCUACUUGCUGACAUUUAUUUAGAGCACCAGCUGUUAAGUAGAGUGGUGGCUUCUACUAAGACCAUACAUAGUUACUGAGAAGACUGGGUAUUUCAAAACAUGUUUUUGAAAAUUCAUUAUAGCUUACUAUGGAGUAUGUAAGGGAAAUGCAGCUUCCCAUCUCCCCUGUGCAGGCACAAAAAGCUGUGAGACUAAUGGAAACACCGGGAUUCCUCUGUACAGGGAGGGCAUGCCAUGGGGAUGCUGGGCAAGGGCACUAUACUCCUCCCCUCAGCAUCUCACAGAGCUGUUCUCAGCAGAAGCUUACUGUGUGGGAGUGAGGGUGAAGGUGUGACCAGUCCAACUAAACUUCAGCAUCUUUUGGCCAAAAAACUUGGGGAAUAUGGAGGGCUGUGGCUGCUACUAUAGCCUGUGGGUGAUAGGAAAUGUAGGAAGAAUUCUACUCUCCUGGGCAGCCCCUACAUAUCUAGUUCACCUACCAAAAGCCAAUUCAUUUGGGCUUUGAUGGGAGAAAUCCUCCUCAGCUGUGACAGGGCAUCGUAAUAGAUCGCUAUUUCCUUCCUCCCUUUCAAGUUGAGCUAGAAAAUACUUCUGUAGGAUUAUAAGGAAUUUCUUGUAUGAAACCUGCAGCCUUUUUGGAUCAAGACUAGAAGUCACUUUGGGAAGAAAUCAUCUCCCCAUAACUAAAUGGACAUUAUUGUAAACCUGGCACUUAUGGGUAGCGUUUUGGGAAUGGCUGUCUUGCUGGAAAAUGACCUCUUUGUAAUACGCUACAGUAUGGCAGUCAUGUAUCUGGCUGCAAACCAGGUUCCAUCUCACCUUUUCAUUUAAUUUUUUUAAAUGGUGUUCAGUGCAGCAUGAAAAUGAUUCUUAGUUCCAAUAAAGCUACCCAUAUGUACAGAAAUUUGUAAACUAAAUUAAUACUCUUGGGAUGUAUAGAAGGCAAAGUCAAGCAAGCCCAUAUUAAAAACCCUAACUGCACCCACCUGCAGAAUGCACCUCUUUCUGCAAUACCAGGCUGACAUCUAUGCCAGCACGUAUUUUCAUUCACCCAUCUGUACUAGUCUGUUUUUAAUUUAACAGUAGCACUAGCAUUACACUGAGUUAGUGCUAUGGUCUGAAGAAAAUAAAAAUACAGACCUUCCAGGAGGAGGACUUUCAUUCAGAGUGCCAUGACUUUAAUUCUUGCAACUGGAACAUGAAAGUAUGGAUAAUGUGUGUUUGGCUUUCAGCCCACUUGACCAUGGCCAUCUGGUAUUAAAACAGCCUGGCAAUUGGUUUACGAUCAGACAUAGGUUUUCUAUAAUAUAGUGUCAAAGGAGGUCAACACCUCCUUUUAAUUUAUUCAUGGGCAGAAUUAUUUCUUCCUACAAGGCCUCUUCAGCUUUCAAACUCCUGAGUAAAAUGGAUCCUGUCCAAAUAGAAAUACAGAAUGAAGUGUACAUUGUGGCAGUUUUGAGGAACUAAUUAAUUUCUUGAGAACCAAGUAGGUUUUGGUGCUGCUUCUCUGCUUUACAAAACACACCAUCUCAUGUACCAUGGAUCUAGAAAGAUGAUUCAAAUGAAGAAGUAACAAUGAGUCUUUUGUUCUUUUCUCAUAUCUUUAUCAGCAGCCUGUUCUCAUUCUUGGCUGUCGUCAAGCAUUGCCUGGGCCUCUUGUAAAACAUCAUCUGGAUGGGCCUGUUCAAUCUAAAUUAAAAACACAAAUAUUGUACUCAAUGUAAUUAAAAGAAAUUCAGGAUUUGUAAACGCUGAUUAUUCAAGAGCUGCUGUAGAAUCUCCCUCUUAACUGGACUUAAAUUUAUCCUGCAGUCUUUCACUAAAUCCUUUAAAACACUUCCUACAACUUUCCUGAUUUUAUUAUGACAACAAGUGCCUAUUUAUUACUUCUCCUUUCAAUAUCUAUGUAUAGGCUAUUUAUCUUAGCAAGUACAUAGUCUAGACGAAGUAUAACCCAGGCAUGCCACAGUGGUUUGCAUGGUUGAUGUUGACUUGUAGAUCCUGUUAACAGACUAGAGAGGAAAAAUGUGGUAAAGUCGCAAGCAUAUUUUUGACAACAGGGGAGUUGUGGCCUAUUUGUCUACAGUCAACAAAUGGGGACUGUCUCUGGGAGUGCUAGUAUCAGUUGCUUCUGAGGAAGGUGCAAAAAACCUCAGCAUGGAAAAUGAUGGAAUAACCUGCAUUCUGGGAAAGUUUCUUCCUUAUCCUAGUCAAAUAGUGGUUAGUUUAUCCCCUGAAGCAUGAGGGUUUAUAUCCCCUCCUUUAAAAAAUAAAAUAAAAUCCUACUUAAUGUAACUGGAUGUCAUCAUCCAUAUGAAUAGCUCAUUGUUUUUUAAAAUUACACAGAUUUACUGUUGUGGAAGAAAGCUGUUUCCUAUUACAAUUCAUUAUUUUGUAUGCUUCCAUUGUGUCCCUCUUAUUCACCUCUAAACUAAAGAAUACCAAUAAUUUUAAUGUCUUUGUCUUUCUAUGCGUCAAACUAUUUUUAUCAUCUGUCUCUGGACCCCUUCUCUAUUUCUCCUCUAUCCUCUUUUCAUAUCGGGUGAUCAGAACUGUCCAUAGUAUGACAAUCUUCCAUGGUUUUUAUAACCUUUUCAGUAUUUUCUAUUCUAUUCCUUAUGCAGCCUGUCACUUUUCUUUCUGGACUUAAACACACGCUGACAAAUUCGUCAAGCCCUCUGAUAAAGGUUGCUUGCUGAAAUUUUCUUGUAUUUCUGCUUUACUCAAAAGAAACUGCUCUGUCUCAGAGCCAAAUUUAUCACGAUAUUGUAUUUGUUUUUCAAGAGAAAUGGCAGGAUUAAAGUCUCUAAGCAACUGUAAAUGCUUAUAAGAAUCUUCUGAAAGAGUUGCUUUUAAAGUUUCCUCUCUUGCUAGGGGCAUUUCUGCACUAACUAAUGUAAUAGUUUAUAUGGCCCAGCAGGGAUGAUAAAUAUAAUACAUAACCAUCAAGUGAAGUUUUCUAAAAUGAAUGGAAACCUCUCAGUUUACAUUUAAAGGAACAUUGAGCUAUUUCUGCCUCAUGUGGCAGAGGCAGGGGAGAACUUCAUUAGGAUCAGGUGUGAAAUCCUGGCCCCACUGAAGGAAAUGGCAAAACUUCCAUUGAAUUUAGUGGGGUCAGCUUUUCACCCCACAUCCUUGGCCACUCCUAAGCAGAUAUGCCAAACCCAAGGAAAAAACGCAGAAAUUGGGCUUGUCUUUGGCUUAAUUGGCUUGUGAGUUGCUUGUUGGCUAGUUUUUGCUUGUAGCUUGUUGCUUCUUUUUUUUUAGAUCGGCUCCCAGCAAGCAGGGGCAAGGGCGGGGAGAAGAGGGGAGAGAGUUGGGGUGCACAGCGGGCCCACCACAGUCCCAGACUGUGGGCCAUGGGGAUCUAGUCACAUAGAAUGUUGGGGUUCUUAGGGAUGGGCUUGUUUUGGCCUUGUUUUCAAAUGGGAUUAGCUUGAUUUUUUACUUACUGUGACAGUCGAGGUGCUUGUUUACUGCGUGAAAGUUGGCAACUGUGCUCCUAAGUGCCACUCCAAUGAUGAUACAGCUUUAAGGCAUUCUGCCCAAACAGAGGAGUGCUAGAUUGGUCCAAUGCCAGCCCUGCCUGCCCCAGCUGGUGUAGGGGAUAUUCUGGAGUGGGAGCGAGAAGGGAAAAAUUGGGGUGUACCCUGGCAAUCCUGGCUAGUAGGGCAGAUCCUUGUAUCGGUGAUAACCCUCCUCAAGUUAGAGCAUCCCUGAGUGGUUCCACCCCCAGUAGUUUGGUUGUGCCCCAGACGUACUCCAAAAUCAGGGGAAAUAAAAGUGGCCUAAAACUACACAGGUCCACCUUCCCCUUGUUUGCCAAGUGCUGCUCUAGUGCACCUGAGAGACUAGCUCCAAAUCUUCACUCAAGGAGUUUCCUACAAGUCAUACAGCCAGAGUGUGGUUCUUCCUGCCCACCUACAGAUUUGGAAGGGAGUUCCACCCCUUAAACCUGUGGAUGUUCUGAGAUCUAUUUUGGACCUUGGGACAUCAUUGCAACCCUGGGUCAUCCACAUGGAGGCCUCUAGGCAUGGCUCCCUUGGCUUUGCAGUUCCCAUGGUUCCUGCAGGGAGUUGUUCCACUAUAACCUUUGGGAAUGGGAGGAUUGCAGCUAUGCAUGGUGACCACAUGCUAGUUCGUACAGCCUUACUAAUAUGCUUGGACUUGAGAGGAGACGCCUGUGCUGGGGAACUAGUCCUCGACUCUGUCCCAUGUAGCUGAGGAGUGGCUUUCUAGAUGUCUGGGGGCCAGAGGCAGAGAGUAAGUAGUAGAGAUACUGCUUUUCCUUCCAGCCUUCCCAACCCUCUCCACUAUUCUCAUUUGGCUAUCCUUAGCAUAGUGAAGAAGCGCUUUAUGCUUUGGGCCCCAUGUAUCUUAGGGCACAUCUGCACUGCAAUAAAAGAUCUGUGGCAUGGCUGUGGCUGGCCCAGGUCAGCAGACUCAGACUUGCAGGGCUCAGGUAGCAAGGCUAAAAAUUACGGUGUAGAUGUUUGGGCUUAAGCUAGAGCCCAGCCUCUGAAACCCCAGAAGGUGGUUGGUCUCAAAAAUCUGAGCUUCUGCACACCUGCACUGCAAUUUUUAGCCCCCAGGCCCAAGCUCCGUAAGCCCAAGUCAGCAGAGAGCCACGGGUUUUUUUUUUACUGCAGUAUGAACAUAGCUAUUACCCUUAGAGUCUGCAUCACUCCUGUAGUUGAGAUCAGCAGGAGAUGGAUAAACUGACAAUCUCUAAUUUUGUAUGGCUGGGGAAAAAUACCGUGAAGUAUUCCUACUUUUUUUUAGAAUUUGUUUCACUUCCCUUGUGGCCUAACAGAGCCUUAAAAUGUUGAUCCUCAAGGCCUGGCUGACUUAUGGAAAUUAACUUGGAAUUGGCAGGGCAGUUAUUUUGUUGGCAUUAACUUAUGUGUUGUCUUUACUGACGAUGCAUCUUACAAUAGACGUAUCUUAGAAAUGGAUUAAUUGAAAUGUGGCCCCAUUGGCUACCUCAGGCCCAGAGUGUAGGAGUUGUUAAAAUGUUUCAAUUAUAACCUAACAUGAUAAGAAAUUUAUACUGGUUUUGGUUUGGAUUUAAUGCAGGGUGGUUGAUUAAAAAUCAGUAGUGUUUUUUUAAAUCAUGGCAAGCAGGAAAUCUCAAUUUAAAUAUCUAUUUUAAUCUUGUUUUGCAUUUGUACUCUUUUUUUUUGUUUUCCUAAAGAAAGGUUGAUUCUCAUUGGUUGCUAUUAACGUUUAUUUGCAAUUAAAUAUAGUAUCUAGAUUGGUCUUGGUAUUUCUUCUUAACCAGGAAGAUAUGCUAUAUCUGUUCUCACAAUUUAAGCUAUUAUAUAGCUUAACACUUAUUCAGAGCCUUAUUUUUUUUACAUUGUUUUGUUGUAAAAUAAUGAAUGACGUUUAUUUCCUUCAUUAAAUUUUUACUUUUGAUUUGUGUCAAGCUGCAUGGAUGGAAAUUGGAAUUCAGUGAAAAAUGUUGUCUGUGCAUUUUUAAAAUGUUACUUAAAUAAAAACAACCUUAAUGUGCUGGAUAUAUAAAUUUAUUUUUUUGUAUCAAAACAGUAUUGCAUUUAAAACAACUGAUUAGAGGAAGUAUUAUCUAUAGCUAACAAAUUGAUCUGAUUGUUUCUGGUCACCAUGUCCUUCAGUAUUUUUAGAAGUAGUAGAUCUGAACCUCCUGUUUUUGUUUGUGAAUUUGAAGAGGAAAAGAAGCUUUUUUGCUUUUUCAACUCCCAACUGGUUUCUCAACUUUGAAUGAACUAUUCUUUGCACCAGGAGAAGAGGCUACUGCUGUUAAGUUUCUUUAGAACUUCAACAAACUCUAGUUUCAGGUGCUUAGCCACUGACUUCCAGCAGUUCAGUGGUUUUUAACUUUUAUUUUAAAAUAUUUGGCAAACAUGUACUGUCUGAAUAUUUUCUCAUUCCAUUCAAAAUAUUUUAAUAGAUUUAAAAUAAAUUUAGGCUUUAAUAUGAAUUGCCAUAAUUUCAAAUUUAUUUUAGUUUUUUUAAAAUCCAGCUUUGAAUGUUUUAAAUCGGAUGUUUAUCCACUCUCUGAUUAGGACUUCCCUGCAGUGUUUGGAGCCCAAACUUUGCAGCAUAGUGCUACUGCACGACAAUCAAAGUGACAUUGCCAAGUCUGUUUUCAUUGUCCAGAUGUAGUGAGAAUUAAAUUAUAUCAUUAAAAUAUUGUUUUGAUCUAAAAUGGAAAUGUUCAAACCUGCUAAUGUUAAGCCUGUUGUUUGUAAAGUGAUGUCUUAAAAUAUACAGUUCAGUAUUAAAUCUUUCUUCUUCCUUUCCAGGUGGCUAUGGUGGAGGUUCAGCUAGAUUCAACACAUGUCUACCCUCCAGGUCUCUUGAUAGCUUUCAGUGCCUGUACUACUGUGCUUGUUGCCGUUCACCUCUUUGCUCUCAUGAUAAGUACCUGCAUUCUUCCAAAUAUAGAGGCCGUUAGUAAUGUGCACAAUCUCAACUCUGUUAAUGAGUCUCCGCAUGAGCGUAUGCACCGGCACAUUGAGCUCGCCUGGGCGUUUUCCACUGUCAUUGGGACUUUGCUCUUCCUUGCAGAAGUGGUGCUGCUGUGUUGGGUGAAAUUUCUUCCACAAGGGACACCUUCUAAUGAUUCAGUCCAUGACAACAAUUCCACCAUCACCCCAGGAGCAGCAGCAGCUAUCGCCUCAACAUCUAUUAUGGUUCCUUUUGGAUUGAUUUUCAUUGUAUUUGCAGUCCACUUCUAUAGGUCACUGGUUAGCCACAAAACAGACAGGCAGUUUCAAGAAUUGAAUGAACUUGCUGAGUUUGCACGACUCCAGGAUCAGCUGGACCACAGAGGCGACACCUUGCCACCUCCUGGCAGCCAUUUUAUAUAAAGCUAUAUUUGGUUUAAAAAUCCAUUUUUUGCUUCUGCCUUGCUAUGUUGACUCCUCCUUGCGUGAACUAGCUGGACUAUUGAUUUAUUUUAAAGAGAGAUUUAUAAAUUCUGUGCUAAUUUCUAACAGUAAAAAAAUACCAUGAUAUCUUAGACAACUGACAUCUGAAGAGACUGAUGUUGGGGUAUGGUUGCACUGAGCAUGCAUCUCUCAUCCCUCUUCUUAUCAUCUGAAUUGUUUCUUUUUAAUGGUGAAUAUAUCAAUGCGUAAGAGGAAUUACAUUUUAGGCCUUGGUAUUUGUUAGUGGUGGAAGGGAAGCCUUAUUUCUUUCUAUUUGAUGUUGGUGUUUGCUAGAAAGUAUUGCUUGUCCAAUACAUGUUGCAUGGCACAAUACAAAUUACUUGGGACUUGGAGUAAUUAGCAUUUGGUUUCAGUUCUAAACUGUGAACUCUAAAAGUCUGAUGAAAGGUAAAAUUGAGAGCUUUUCCACCUUCCCUUUUCCCACUAGCUCCCCCAGUCAUGGUUUUUCUGCCAAGUAACUAUUACUGUACUAAUUUCUAUAGGGCCUUUUGCCAUGGCAGCUACCAGAUACCCAUGAUCAGUCCUAUUGUGAUGUGCAUCUGUAGGACUUUCAGAGCAGCAGCCGUGUUAGUCUGUAUCUGCAAAAAGAACAGGAGUGCCACAAGUGCUACUGUUCUUUUUAUCUGUAGGACUGAGGCCCUAAGCCUGCUCUUCUUUUGGGAAGAAAAUAUAGGGAAAAGCAAUACCUGCUUUAAAAUUCAUGGGAGCAGAUAUGUUCUCCGAAGUGAUAAAAUUGCCUGUUUUCAUUGAAGAACCAUGUAAAAAAAAAAAAAAAAAAAGAUGGAGAAACUACCACCAGAUUUUUUUUUUCUUGGUUGAAAACUUGCUAUUAAUGGCUUUUCUCUAGCAAUAACAUACACCAGUAGAGACUAAACCACAGUAGAGCUACUACUUUUGUUCUAAACCAAAGUAGCAAAUAUUUUAUACUUUUUAUAUAUUAAAUAUAUUUUUGAAUAAAAUCUCAGAUACAAAUGAUAAAAGGUGCUUUGUCUGUGUGGGAAUCCCAAGUAAACCGCUGCGCCUUGAUCUUGUUCAGUGGAAAAAUCUUCUGCUUGCUCAAAUAUUGUAUCUAAGAUAUUAAAUCUUAAUUACACAUGAUUUUUGCUUCCAAAAUGCUGUGGAAGACCACUUAUUGCUACAUAGACUUAUUUAUGAAAAUAAAUGAUUUUUAUUUUAAGAAGUAGAAUUGCUUCUUAAUUGUAAGACCUGCAUCUUUUAUUGAACGAAGCUGCUGUUUUAGCCUCAAGCUAUUGUGUCAAAUUCUAACUUCUUCCUCAAGCAAAAACUCACACUUGACAAGGAUUAUAGGAUUUGGCCUCAAUUCUUUCAGAAUUUGUUUGACUCUGGAUACAUUUAAAAGUGAAUUGUGGCUUUUGGACAGCGUUUCUCCUGCCUUCACUGAAGGAUGGAAGUGGGUGGGUUAGUUGGUGAAAAAUCUCUUUGAAGCCAGAAACUACCAGUUUGUGAUAUGUUCAGAUCCCAUGGAACAGAACUGGGAUCUCAGCUCGUAGCUGCUAAUAUAGAAUGUAAUCCUGUAAUUUUGUGAUUGGAGGUAACAAAUUCAGUCAUGGCCUAAUCGGAGCUAUGCCUCUUUGACUUCAAGUGGAGCUGUGCAUGCUUUUUCCACCGUUGAAUGAAGUCAAUUAUGCCUGGCCUCUUUACCAGAUGAAUUCAACAUGCUUUACAAAUUAAGGUCCUAAUUUUGCAAACACUGACUCCUGAGGGUAGUACUUAUUAUCAUGAGUAAUCCUACUUGCAUCAAUGCAACUGACUUAUUAGCAAAAGCACUACUCCCAAUAAGAUGUGUUGAGAAGACUGGACCCAAAGUGCAGUUUAUAUUCUGAAAAAUUACUUUGAAAUUUGUAUCAGAGUGCUGUGGCUAUAUCUCAGUGACAUUUUUGCUCGUAUUUUGCUCUGUUCACGAGCAAAAACAUUUUUUGCGUUGCAAUCCCCAAAAACUCCUGGAUAUGAAAGUCAAACAGAAAUUCUCUCUGGUUUUGACAUUACCAGUGUUUUUGCAGCUGAAAUAUAACAGUUGAUGAGCAGAAUUCCACUCACUGUUCCACAACUGUUCGUUCCUGUAGUGCUAGUGGGAUUAUAUUAGUAAAAACUUUAGUAAACGGCAUUCUGAAAUGGUCUUGAAAAUUUACCAGCCGGAGCAAAAAACCCAGUUGCCCAUCCUUUACUGAGUUGUUGACAGUGGUAAAUCUAAUGAUACCUUACUUAACCUGGGAAAGUAGACUUUUAGAAAGCUGUGGUAAAGUAAGCAUCCUGGAGCAAAUAUCUUAAAGGGACACUAUCAAGUUUAAAUAAAAUUACACUUUUCUGAAAGCUUUGUACCUUACAAUUUAUUUAUAACUCUUAAAAAUUACUAUCGAUGAAAGAGGAUAGAAAAUAAAUAAAUGAAUACAUUCUCCCCCCUUCCCUCAAGGGUGUGUGUAGAAGGGGGUCGCUUUCAUUGUUUCUCCUGGAUACAUCACUUUUCCCCUCUUGUGUGAAUCUUUCACAAAGCAACAGCAGAGGAAAACUUUUAAAAAUAGAAAAUGUGGGUUUGUAAAAGGACAAGGUAAAUAGGGCACCUUAUUAAUUUUUUUUAACUGUUUGCAUUCCUUUUAAAUUAGAGCUAUUACUAGUCAUUUUUUCUGACCAUAACUGCACUUUAAGCCUUUAGGCACAGCUCAUGUAUGUAUUUUCCCCAUUCUUCAGCGGGGAAAUGGUCACAAAAGAUGUGCCUUGUGCAAGAUCACAUAUUAACUGCAUGGCAGAGGCACAAAUAAAGACCAGAACUCAUGAUGUCAAGUCUGUUCUCUAAACAGUACAGUGCACUCAAUUUUAUUCUGUUCCCGUUUAUACUAAUGGUAUUAAGCAUUUACUUUAAACAGUUUAAACACCAGUUGCUGUAUAUAUUAUAUUUAGGUUUAAAAUUGAAAUAAAAUAUGCUUAUAAUUUGUCUUGUCACCAAGACAUCUGACAAA